AUUCUCUGCAAUCUUUCGUAAUUGUUUUUCACGUUCGUAUUGUGUUAGUAGCUGUUCAUUGUCAUCAUUCAGUAGUUCCAAAUCAACAUACUGCUCGUUGUUGUCGUUAUAGGCCGAGUCAAGCUGUUCGAGCACAGAGACCAUCAAAGGCAUGAGCCCCGAGACGACUUCUUGACCAUGUUUUUGAAUCAUACGUUCAAAUUCGGCAUAUAUUGCUGCGGCGAGGGAAGAUACACGUUCUGACAACACAGACGCGGGGCCGUCUUCUCCACUCGAAUACACAACAUCAGAUUUUCCUACAGUAUCACUGUCAUCCAUGAUGAACUACGGAUAAGACUUCUGAUGGAUAUCGACUGCACAAACAGUCAUUAAAUAUUCAAACGACCUACAAAAAACAAAACACAGUCUUGCGAAGCUGACAUUUUCACAUUUCUAAAUCAUCUGAGCCUUCGGUAUGGUUGGAAUGCGACUACAAUAUUUUAUUGAAAUCGAAUUCGUCGUAAUUCGUCGUCGGAAGAAGUCGAAACUCUCGGAAACUUUUCACGAACUGAUCGAACAGAAUCGAACAGUGUUUACUGUAAAAAAUAGAAGACAAAAUUAUAUAUACAUUGGAUUAUUGGAUACAUUUCGUGAUAAUUUCUUGUUUUAUUUUGCCGUUAUUUUGGCAGAAAAGAAUGUCAGAAUGUCAAUUUUUGUUCACUUUUUCAAAGGCAUGGCAAACAUUGGAAAAUGCAAAUAUCUUUUCAAGUCGAGUGUGGAUAAUGUAUUCAUAAACAUGCACGAACGCCACGAAGCGUCAUCGUUUCUACAAUCUACAUCUUAUGCUGAAUGGCUUCCGUUUGUAAUAUCUUCUGCAAAAUAUAAAAUUUAUCUUACAUUCUUAAAAGAACCAUGGCGAAACGUAGUGUUUUAGAUCAUUCAAUGGUAUCAUAUAAAUGUUUAAUGUUAUUCUUCUUAAUACCGCUUUGCUCAGGGUCUUGCCACAGCGGUCUUCCCAAUCAUAUAAUAGCUGGCAAAUAUUCAACAUGGAAACUUUGUAUCGUGAACACGUAUAAAGAAACACUUCGGUUCAAGAUAAAAAGUUUAUUCUCGGCAAAGGAUAAUUCUACUGGAUGGUUAAAUAUCGGAUUUCGAUCUCAAGCCAGUCAGAAGACUGAUUAUAUUCCAUUAUUUUUGCUUCAAGUGAGCCCACCAAAUUCAAUUGCAAUAAAGGUUUGUUUAUGUGAAAACUUGAUAUUAAGUUAUUAAUAGUAUAAAACUAGAGGCCAUCAACAUAUAGAUUUCAUUGUACAAUUCAAGACUGGAUGUUGGUGUAAAUGCUGGGGUAGGUGGAAAAAUUUCUGAGGGAGGUGCAGAACCUUUAAACAUGGCAGGUACAGAUUUCCUGGGGUGCGCACCCCCAGAAAUGAUUUGCACACACACCCCAGAGGCAUUUGGCACCGCCCCCAAACGUUUUUGCACCCCCGCAAAUUAUAUCUAUUUUGAUUUGAUAGUUUCGUAUUUGAUUAUUCUUACUACUAAAUUUGUAAAAUUACCAAUAUUAUGGUCUCAGAUCUCGCCAUGCAGGCCUAGAAACAAAUUUUGUUAAACUUUUUCCUUGGCCUUUCCGGGCGUUGCCACACGCCCCAGCCAAAGCAAGCAGCAGCACCCCCCUCCCCAGAUAUUUAUCCACCCCCCCCCCCAAACGAAAAUAUGAAAAUCUGUCUCUGAAACAUGAGGACCCUGGGUACAAGGUUGCAGCGGUCUAGACGUGUGGGAAAAUGCACCAUAUUUGGGCCGAAAGUGGUGUUCGUCAAAAUGCUUAUACAAGUCAUGCAACAUAUGCUUCACAUGCAUACCUUGGUUUUUGUUGCAUGCCAUAUGGCAAGCAACUUUCAUAUAGCUCUACAUUUUGUGUUGCGGUGUACCGGCGGUGGUCUAUCACAUGGCAGAUUUGUAAAAUACAGCAAAUACCGAGUUUUUCCCACUGACCGCUUAAUAGAGUUUCAAAACAAUGAAAAAUUAAAUUUGGGACCAUGGAAAGUUGACUGUGUCCACUUAAUAGAGGUGACCAUUCAAUAAAGGUCACUUAAAUAGUAUUUACAUUAUGAAAUUUUCGGGACUUUGCCACACGACUGCUUAACAAAGGGUGACCGCUUAAUAAGAUGCUGCUUAAUACAGAUUAGACUGUAAUAUGAAAUACAGGGGUGGAUCCAGCAAGCUUUUUUUAGGGGGGUGCUGGGUGAGCAGCCGAGUGUUUCUUUAUAAUUCUUUAGGGUGUGCAGGGUGCAGUAAUUUGCAUACCAACGUACCAGAGGUGCGCCAAAUAACCACAAAUUUAUGGUCUGGUACUUCUUUGUUUUUGGGCAAGUACCACGUAGGUACGCGGAAAUUUGCCAUUUAUGGGCCAUUGCAUUUUUUAUCUGCACCCCCCUAUUGAGGACAUGUGGAAUUUCCAAUGGCCCCCUGCAAAAGUGAACCAAAAAUGAAGGAAUUUCCAUGGGAGGGUCCAAAUUUUAAAGCAAAUCUGCGGAAAUUCCAAAGGGUAGGUAAGAAAAAUGAGUAAAACGUAUGGAAUUUCCAUGGGAGGGUCAACAAUGGAAAAAAAAUUCCAAAGGAUAGGAUAAAAAUCAGCAAGGAAUAGCUACUAAUCAAAGAAUCAAUAUGGAAUUUCCACUGGCAAGAUCAAAAACUGUCAAGGAAUUUCCAUGGGAUGGGUUAAAAGUUCAUAAAAAAUUUGCGGAAAUUCCAUGGGGAUGGCUAAAAUUCAAUAAAAAUCUGCGGAAAUUCCACGGGGGAGGCAAAAAAUUCGCUUAAAAAAUGUGGAAAUUCCAGGGGAGGGGGGACCAAAAAAUGGAUGUCCUCAAUAGGGGGGGUUUGGUUUAAAAAUGCAAUGGCCCAAUUUGCGUACUUACAUUUUCCUUCUAGCAAUAACUAGCAAACCUGCCAAAGUAUUCAAAACCGUGGAGAACUUUAGCUGUACAUGUAAAUUCCACACAUCCGACAUAUUUUGGGAUGAAAAAGCCAAAAGGUUAUCUUUGUGCUUGAUUAAAAAAUUUAUUGUGAUCGUCCGACUGAAACAAAAAUCGCUCGGGUGUGUAAUUUUAAAAUCAUUAUCGUCAAACGCCGAUACUUUUAUCGUUUUCAUUGUAGUGUGGACACCAACAUAAUUGUUUUACCAAUCAUCGUGUGUUUACAAGUUAUCGUAUCGUUAUAGUUGUGUGGUGUGACCUGGGCUUAAUUGUCAAUGCUAUACCAAGGCCUAAAAAAUACCUGUGGUUCUGGUUUCGCGAUAUGAAACUGAAACAGGUCUUUUUUAGGCACAAUGAGGAAAACUACACUGUAUGUAGCUGAGGUCAGACUGUUAGCACCCUUGGUAAAUCCACUGCAAGUCGAGUCACAACGUCGAUGCUUUGAAAACUGUUAUAUUAUGUUGUACAAAUACCAUAAUUAAAGAUUCAUUUGUACAAAAUUGCCCAUAUAUUUUUUGCUUUUGGACCAGUAAACUAUAUGUAGGUAUAAAAAUGCAUGACUCAGAAGUAGUCUUAGGUACGUCUUGACUCUUAAGUUUGUACCAGAUCAGGUACGCGGCAAAAGUUGUCGGAGUACCAGUCAGGUACGGCUAAAAAUAUUGAAUUAUCGCACCCUGGGUGUGGUGGGAGAGCAUUCAAAUUAAUUGGCUUACUAACGACUCGAGUGCUGAAGGCGCAAGGUCCUCAGGGGGUCCACAGGUUCUGUAUGCCCCCGCCCAGGUUACUGUAUGCAAUUAUAGUAAUAUAUACUAAUAUAUACUGUCUAUUUCUAUUUUUAACUGGUGCUGCCUUGAAUGAAUUUGAUUUUUUCACACCCCCUUGGACCCCUGUUGACCAAGGCCAACAGGGGUGUGCACCCUCCUAUAAAUCCACUAAUGAUGAAAUAUAUUAAAAAUAUCAAAUAAAAUUCUCAUUAAUACUAUUGAAAUUUAAUACAACAAAAUAGCAUUCUACUUUGAUAAUUUCAAUCCUAGUCAAGAUUAUUUUCAAUCUAUUAUAGUAAUUCACCAUUUCCACAGGUUUAUAUACCUUCAAAAAGCCACAAUAAAGCUAAAUUUGUAGGAAAUAACAUUUAGUUAUAAAUUUGUAAAGGAAAUGUAUUAGUCAAUCAGUGGUAAAACCUUGACCUUGUUAUUACUGUCGCUUGCAACUAAGGACGAACAGUCGCUCAUAAAAAACAUUGCUUAUUUGCGUGAGAAUCUUAAGCUUUCUUAUUUGACAUAAUAUCUAUUUUUCAACAAACAUAUUGAUAUAUUAAACUUAUUGAAUCAAUAUUUUAAGUUUCUGGCCGUUGUACCAAAAGUUAUAAGUGCCAUAAGGUUUCAGAUGGCAUACAACAUGUACGUACUAUGUACCUAUUUUUAGCGUUGUUUGUUGUUGUAUUAUCGCCGCUUUCGAAUUGAAUUCUCUCAAAAUCUCGGCUGUUGCUUACCACAUUCGUCUCCGUUUUCCUUGAAAAAACCUGAUCGCUGUUCCAAUUGUGCUUGAAGAUCUCUUUGUUGACUUUGUUGUCUCUUCACCUUAAGAGACAACAAAGUUCAACUUCACCUUUGUUGUCUCUUCACCUAACCGUGCCUUAACAUGCCAUGCCCGGUUUUGUAGUCAAAAUCCUUCUUCAAACCUCGUCAAAUUAUGCUAAAAUAUCACGUGAUUGAAACCCAAGAAUUGGUUUAUCAACUAAGAUGUCUUCUUGGUAACCUCUCAGUUCUACAAUGUUCAGUGAUGAGAAGCCAAAAAUUAUAUACAAGUAUCUUCCUAGCUUUUGCGUAUUUUAAAAAUUGUUUAGCGUCAGUAUUGUAUAUGUGAAUGCCAAUUUAUUGAUUGUUUAGCAAACAGAAGCAGUGGAAAAUGAAGUGAAGUGUUCAACUGAAGCUGCAAAAAGAAAACUCAAAUUGAUUUCUGUUGACUGUGAUUUCGGAGAAACAAUGAAUAUAUAUGUGGUAAGGAAAUGUGUGGUAUAUAAUAUGUUAAAAAUAUGUUAAGAAAUAUCUACCAUUUGAAAAGGACAACAGAGCACAGUGGGAUUCAAUUGGGUUCAAAGUUAUUUUUCACUGGGAAAAAGAGAUUUGGACUAGUACUGGGAAUAUUAUUUGCACAAAUCAGUGGGUCAGAUUACUAUCAUUCAGAUAGAAUUAUGGGUGGGAAAACGGGAUUGACGCAUUCCCCAAUCACGACCCUCAUUCUUCACAAGCCUGUGGAGAUCCAGACAAAAGCCUGCAUGGGGGUAGAGACGUUACGUUUAAUGCAGCUAAGUAUAGUGGACUUAGCAUUGUUGAAGAAGCCUCUUGACCACCAGUGUUUAAUUAAAUUAUUUAUUUUCGUAAUUCCCAAUCAACAUUUUUACACAUGUAGAACUCGAAGAGAAUCACGAUUUUCUGGAAUACUGGAAAUGGAACAGCUGAUAUCACCAAAGAAGGGGAAAAUUUGAUUAAAAAUCAUUCCACAUUAUACUUUUACCCACAUCAAGAUGAGAAUGUACCUGAUGCAAAUGCUGGGUCAACUGGUUAGUUUAUAUGUUGUAUAACGUUGUUAUGCUGUACCAUACCGUAUUGUACAAAAUUAAAUCGGGGGAUGAGGGGGAAUUUUGGAGCAUCUCGAGGGUAAUUUGGCAAAAUACGCAAUAUUGGGAAAAUACAUAAAAUUCGGUAUUUGUUAAAACUGAAAAUUCCAUAUUCCACAAACAAAAAGUGAAAUAAUUCCCCAUUCCAAAACUUUCCCUCAUCUUUUAGGAUGUAGUAUGCUUCAGUGCUUGUCAUGCCGAUCACUGCCAUACAAGACUGGUCCCUUUUAUUUGCUCUCAAAUGCCAUUAAUUAACUAAUAUUUAGACUUUUUCAAGUGGACCCAAUCUAAGUUAACUGCUGCGCAAUCUUCAAAGUUCCAACCACAAACUGCAUAAAACCUAAAAUUAUUCAUUCAUAACAGUGGACUCUUCCACGAAUCUGGUUCAAUCUUGUAUAGAUUAGAUGGAUAUUUCGUGUGUAAAUGUUAUACAUUUAUAGAUCUAACGAGGAUUAGCUGCGGUUAAAAGCUGUAACUUGCGGUUAAAGUUUGAUAGCUGGACUCUGUAACUCAGUUGGUUAGAGCGCUACACCAGAAUCGCAGGUUCGAUUCUGAGGGCUUGUACAGUUCGCAGCUGCGUUAGGUCUAUUAAGGCCGUUUUCCACUAGGCGGAAUUUUGCGCGCGGAGCGGAAUUUUUCUUUGUCUUGUGAUUUCUCGGGUGGAACUAAUUAGAAAAGACAAAGAGUUGUGGCUUAGAUUUAAAGUGUGUGUGACACGUGAUUGUUCCAGUUGCAAUUACAGUAUACGUAUAGUGUGGAUAUUUUUUAUAUUUGCAGCAAUGCGACUUCUGCGAAAUUAUGGAAAAAGCAUGGGCGCUAUCUUUGGUAUAUCGUUUCUUCUCACAGCUCUCAUCACAUUAAUUAUUUGUUGUUGUUGUAAGAAGAAAACAACUCUGGAUUUCAGCAAACAAAAACUGUCUAAAGAUUCAUCUGUAUCCUUUUACAGAGAGUAAGUUCCUUAUAAAUUUACCGAAUGCACACUUAGCAUAGUGGAUUUGGCAUCUAAAGACGGAAUAUUUUCCGCCAAAACGAUUUUUAAGGAAUAAAUUGUAUGGCUAUGGGUCUGUUGUAAUGUUUGAUAAACUUUUAUAAUAAAAUUGCCGGACUAAGUGACAAACAUUUCCAUUUUCCGACUUCCCCUUAGCUCAUACAUUCACCGAGUGUUAGGGUAGAGGGAUUACCACCCUCGCCCAGGAAGGCCUUUCUCGCAGCUGGCCACAUGGAGGGAGAGGAAAAUAUAAUUAAUGAUAGUAAUUUAAUCAUAUAACAGGAUUGAUAUAAUGACAAAAUUUAUCUUCCAGUCUUUUUUCCUUUUAGCGACAGUGAAGGAGAUGGGCAGAGUGAUGAGUCGGGUGACGAUGAAAAAGUUGCAUUUAUCCGUAAUAAUAAUGAAAGAAACAGCAGUGUAUAAAGAACAAAUUAUUUACUAGGAGUAUAUUUACCAUAUAUUGUCGCAAUCUCGUACACAUUUGAUAUUUUUGGUAAAGGAUCAUUUAAGACCAAAAUUCUAUUGACUCGCUCAAAACUGCUGCGGCUUAGCAUUAACGGCUACGACCGAAGGUUGGAAAUUGUCAAACGUUUAAAUCUUUGCUAAAAUAUACAAUUAACUAUCAAUCAUGGGGAAGAGCACAUGGUACUCUCCUCCACAGAGCCUUGUCAUAUUAGUCUUGGGAGUUUUCGAGCAUGAUUGUUUAAUGCUGUACACGAUUUUUUACGGCGAGAGAGGGAGCACAUGAUAUACACUCACAUUGGAAAAUAAAGGGAUGAAAAAUGUGUGCUACAUACGUAAAAAUGCACAAGUUGUAACAAACCUGCAGCAGACUUGUAGCAAUGCUGUUCCAACAACUUGUCAACAGGAUGCGUUCGCACUGCUUGUUCCCAGCUUGUUGACAAGUUGUCAACGGCUUGUUGACAACUUGCUACAAGGUUGUUGAGCUCAACAAACUUGUUACAAGUUGUUCCAACAACUUGUUAUCGUCCUGCAACUCAACAAUUUGUCACCAAGUUGUGAGUGACAACCUUGUAGCAACUUGAUAAAAUAACAAUAUUGUUACAACUUGUCGGCAAGCUUGUAGAAGCUUGUUUGCGAACACAUCUUGUUGACAAGUUGUGAGAUUUUUACGUGUGUACCCCACGCGCGUUCAUGCACCAAUUACCUGAAUACCCACGUGUUAAAUUACAAAAAAUUACCUGAAUACCCACGUGUUAAAUUAUUACUUAGUUUAUGUUGCACAUAAAUUAAAACCGCAAACGCCAUGCGGAGGAGAGGGAAGUGCAUGCAUAUUUUCAGCAAGCAAACUAAAACUGUCAAGUUCAAACAUCGUAAUUGUCAAUAUUGGUUUAAAAAAUCCAAUAUAAUGUAUAUUCAACGUUUCCAGUGCAGUCAUAACGGACUAUCAACAGUUUUGAGCGCGUGAAAGAUAUCUCGUAACAAACAGAAAUACACUAAAUGUAGCUACGUACGUACUGUACCACACUAGAUGUGACGAAACAUAUUUCAGCAAACCUUUUUCAUCAAUUUAUUGACGGCCUGUAAGAUUAUUUUCUCCACUAAUGGAGAAAUUUCUUCACUCAUGAAAUGCCUUUUUGUAAUAGCGCAUAUAAUUAUUAAGGUUAACGUGUCAAAGGCUUUAGAAUUAUCUACCACGUCGACUGUAAUAUAUUCAUAAUGUGCGUAUAGACUAUAGUACAUUCUAAUGUAUUUUAUUGUAUAUAAAUGCUAGUCUGUGUUUCUAAUCUGGCUAAUAGCGUAUGACUAUAUAUACGGCAAUAAACGACGUCCUGUAAUUUUAGUAAAAUAGAGAAGUAAUAAAGUUUUUCUUGAAUGAACGCCCUCUUUUGCGG